AUGUUGGAUUUUUUUUACAUUCUUACCAAAGGUGGACUUGUACUUUGGUGUGUACCAUCAUCGGCUACUCAAUUUAUCAAAAUUAUUAAUAAUGCUAUUGACAAAGCUGUUUUACAAGGUCAAGGUAGUGCACAAAAAUGGGUUGCACCAUUAAGUCCUCAUCAUAUUCAUUAUAAAUUAGAUAAUGAAUUUGAACUUGUCUUUAUUCUGGGUUAUCAAAAAACGUUAAAUAUAUCGUAUGCUGAUAAGUUCUUGAAUGAAAUACAAAAACGUUUUCGUGAUCUAUACAAAGAUGAUUUAACAAUUGGAGGUUUCAAUCGAUCGUUUCCAUUUCGGGUGACAUAUGAUGAAGUUCUUUCUGCUAUUGAACAAGAAGAUGAAGAGGCUAAAAACAUAAAACGUGCACCACGUUCUUAUGAAGAGACUGUUAAAAAACAGAGCACAAUUAAGAUAGUAACUAAAAAAGGUGAUGUAGCAACAGAAAAAAAGAAAAAGAAAAAACCUAAACAAAUGGCAACAUCUAACAAGCAAUCAGUAACUGAUGUUCAACAGGAAGAACUUGAAGAAGACGAAGAGCAAGAAACGAAUAAUAAUGAUGAAGAAAAACAGAUUGAAGAAACGAAAGACGAAUUAUCGGUUGAUACAGAUGAAAAAGAACGCAUUCCAUUAGAAGAAGUUCAACAACCAAUACUUUCAAUAGCUGAAAAAUUAUCAGCAGCUGGUAGAAAACCAGGACAAUUUACAAAGGCUUCAGCAACUAAAGCUUCACCUAAAGUAGAGAAAGGUAAAUCAAAAAAGGCUAUGGCUCCAUCAAAUGUCAGCAGAAUGGAUACAAAUGGACUUGAUUAUGGACCAAAGACAGAGAGAGAAAAAGUGAAUAAUGGUCGAACAAAUAUUACUACUCCAAUAGCUGAUCGACCUGAACAUGGAGAUUUAAAAACUAUGGCUGUCGAUUCACCAAGCCUUACAUCUGGUUUAGUCGAUGGUUUUUGGUCAAAAUUAAAAAAAGUUAAUGUUUUUGCAUCGAAAACAUUAACAGCUGAUGAUUUACGUACAGGCAUUGAAACAAUGCGUGAACAUUUAAUUGCAAAAAAUGUUGCAGCAGAUGUAUCUGAAAAAAUUUGUGAAUCAGUUUCAAAUAAAUUAGCUGGAAAAACCUUAGGUUCAUUUGAAAGUCUUACAUCAAAUAUUCGUCAAGCUAUGCGAGAUACAUUAGUUAUGAUAUUAACACCUAAACGACGUAUUGAUAUUCUUCGAGAUGUUGUUGAUGCACAACAAGCACGUCGUCCUUAUGUUAUUACAUUUUGUGGAGUUAAUGGUGUUGGAAAAUCAACAAAUUUGGCUAAAGUUACUUAUUGGCUUAGUGGAAAUGAUUUACGAGUUUUAAUAGCUGGUUGCGAUACAUUCCGUGCUGGUGCAAUUGAACAAUUAUUAACACAUGUACGUCAUUUAAAUAAUAUAUUUAAUGAAAAAAAUAUGCCUAUGAUUGAAUUAUAUCAACGUGGAUAUGGAAAAGAUGCAGCUGGUAUUGCUGCAGAAGCAAUUAAUUAUGCUAAAGAUAAAAAAUUUGAUGUUGUUUUAAUUGAUACAGCUGGUCGAAUGCAAAAUGACGAACCAUUAAUGAUUGCAUUGGCUAAAUUAAUUCAUUUUAAUAAUCCUGAUUUAGUUUUAUUUGUUGGUGAAGCAUUAGUUGGAAAUGAAGCUGUUGAUCAAGUAACGAAAUUUAAUCAAGCACUUAUUGAUCAUGCACGUUUACAAAGUAGUCCACGCGUUAUUGAUGGAAUUGUUUUAACUAAAUUUGAUACAAUUGAUGAUAAAGUUGGCGCAGCUAUAUCAAUGACUUAUACAACUGACAAACCGAUUGUUUUUGUUGGUACUGGACAAAAAUAUCAAGAUCUUAAAACGCUUAAUGCAGAUGUUGUUACUGAAGCUCUUUUAAAAUAA